AUGAGUAGAAUAGAAAAACAGAAUUACAUUAUUGAAGAGGAAGAUGAUGAAGAUAGCUAUAAGGAUCUAUCUUCCGAAGGGGAAGAUGAACACGCUCCAGAGGAUUUAUUAGCCUCUGUAACAACUGUGGUUAAGGUUGAUACAAUCUCCAAGUCACCUGCCAAGGGUGGUGGAAGUUAUGCCCAAAUGUACAAAAACUCAAAAAAGUCUAAUGAAAAUUUACAACAACAAACAAAAAACAAUUCCUCCUCAAAGGGUCAAAGUGUUAAUCCAAGGAUAUGCUUAGUUAAUGACUCUCUUGUUUCAUUAUCUGCUAUUAAGAAUACAAAUAUGAACUCAUUUCCCCAGAGAUAUCAAGCUGAUUUGACAUGUUCAUAUAGUAUUUCGGAAUCAACAUUGCCAGAACAUCAAACCCAACAGGAGGUAGAUGAGGAAGAAGAGGAAGAAGAAAUGGAGUGCUCUGAUUAUGAAAAUGAGCAACAAGACGAGAAGCAGGAAGAUGAGGAAGAGAAUAAGGAAGAAUACAAUGAAGAAACAGAAGAGGAUCACCAAGAAUACAAUGAAGAAUCUCAAGAUGAGGAUCAAGAAGAGGAAACCGAUGAAUUCAAGGAGUCUGAAGAGGUGCAGGAUGAGGAAGAAGAGGAAGAGAAUCAGGAAGAAGAAACAGACUUUCAAGUACGUGAAGUAACCAGGUCAACUAAUAAUUUAAAUGCAAGAAAUUCCAGCAGUUCAUCUAUAGCUAGGAGCUCCAUUAGAACUAGUAUCGCAGAAGAUAUGAGGUAUUCCACUCAACACCAAAACUCAAUUGCGUAUGGAAGCGAGGAUGACAGUGAAACAGAUGAGCUUGCUGAAGAGAAAGAGCAUAUUGAUGAGGAAAUAGAUGAAGCUGUGUUACCUCCCUCCAAUUCAAUGACCAAGAGUAUGCUUAAACAAUCGUUCUCUGAAAAGGUCAUUUCUGAAGAGUCCUCACUUGCCAACACAAUUAAAACUGAAAUUGAAGGGACUGAUGAUGAAGAAGGAGAUGGUUAUAAGGAUUUAGAGGAGUUGGAAACAGAGGUUCAAGAUGAUGCUGAAGAUGAACUUCAAACCAACCAUGUACAUAGAAGUGUUGAAAAACAUCAAGACAAUUUACCAACCGUUGUUACUACACGCAACGAAGAAAUGAAGCAUCAGUCUUCUGACAUGAAAGAAAACAUUCUUCAGAGUAUUUCUCUCUUCAAACAAUACAAGGCGAAUCAAGUUUCUCAAAGUGUUGUUGGAUUAGAUCACUCUUCAAAGAAGCUCAAAACACCAACAGACCAACCUUUAAGAGUUUCCAAAGUUUUGGAAAUUCCAAAACCCAAUAUCAACCUUAACGAGUCAAUUUCAGAAAAUGAUAUGGAUAAAAUUAAGAAACAAAAUCAUUUACUACGAAUGCAACUCUUAGAACAACAGAGAAUGAUAGAAGAAGGGAAAAUUGUACUUCAGGAAAGAAUUGAGCAAGAAAUUGAAAGAGCAAAAUCAGAAGCUUUGAAAGAUUUCAUUUCCUCAAAGAAACAACAAACUCCAACCCCUACAGAGCAAAAACCAGAGAAGAAAACUGUCAGAGAUAUGAAAAAGUCUGAGUCCCCAGAGAAGAGUGUUGAAACCAUCAGAGUGAAAGAGUCUCCAAGAGCAACAAUAGCCACCACGAAACCUAAAAAGAAGGAAGUUAUUGAGAUUCUCCCUGAUGAAUUUGAAAAUACUGCUGAUAUGAAAAAGCAAAUGGAAAUGAGGAAUAAGAAAUUCUUAGAGGUUAGAAAGCAAAAGAUAGAGAAAAUUGAGGAAACCAAAAAGAAAGAGAAACCCCAACCAAUUUCAACAGAAGCAAAGACAGCCGAAAAUGGAAUGAUUUUGAAAAAUAUGAAACAACCAAAUAAGACGAACAAACUGCUGAUAAAGAAUGCUCUUAUCCAUUUAACAUUAGCAGGCGAGGUAAAUAAGAAGGAACGAGAAGAUGUGUUUGAGGCCAUGAAAGAAUACGAAGAUACAAACCAAAUGAUAAUACUUGUUAGAGAGGUUAAUGUUCCAGCUUUCAGAGCUCUCUAUGUUGUCGUAACUGAUGGCCUUAAUGCAAACGUUGGCAGUAGCACUUCAACUACAGACAGUAACAGGACAGACAAUUCCUCUCGUUCAGAGUCACCAAAUAUUGAAAAGAGAUCUGACCAAAUACUGGUUAAGAAAAUCAUUGGAAAAGGGCCAAAAUUCCUUACCGAGGAUGUGGUUGAUGUAUUUUGUAGAUACGAUUCUGGUGGAAAGAAACUUUCAAAGCUUUCGAGUAGAACAUUUGGAGUCACUACUGAUGUUGUAGUUCUCAAAUCAGCUGCCAUUAAGAAAAUAAAGAGGUAG